UUUCGAAAAUGUAUCCUCUAUUCAGCAUCUCAAUUUGUCUUACUGUAAAAUGCGUAGCAUUGAAAGUGGAACUUUCCGUGUGCUUGCUAAUCUGUACGCUCUGAACAUUUCCCACAAUGACCGGCUAACCUUCAGCGUUAUGUCCAAUUUGACUGAUGACCUACAAAUUGUACCAAUCCGCACAUUAGAUAUCAGCAAGCUCCACUGUGACUAUGGACCUGGAAUCGCUAUAUAUGUGCAAGAUAUAGACAAAUUAAGCAAUCAUACUUAUUUGACAAAUAUGUACAUAGACAGUAAUAGAUUAUCGUUACUCGAGUUCGGCGUGAUUCCAAGAUUACCGAAAAGUUUAAGGCUUCUCUCGGUAAAAGAAAAUAGGAUAACGUAUGGGAACUAUAUUUUUGAAUUAGCCAGCGCUAUCAAUUUAGAGUUUUUCGACGGAAGUAACCAGUACUCCUCCCAUGACCCUAUCACCGGUUCGAAGGACUGCAACGACUGGCGGGCACCACCAUCCUCAAGUGACGAUGACUCCUCUACUGAUCAGAACGCUGUUUUCGACAUUGUUAAGCUAUCGGCAGCUACUAUUAAUCUUCCUCCUAACCUGAAAGAGGUCUUAUUUCAUGAUAGUGUUUUAGAUUAUGUAAUAACAGGACGUAUUCCUUUCGGUCCGAACAACUUGACACGAUUUGACCUCCAUAACAACUUAUUACAUUCCUGGAGGGGCACAGUUGCAAAUUUACAUCACAUGAAAUAUGUUGAUGGAUCAAACAAUUACUGUACGUUUAUAUCAGAUGAAUUCUUUAACGAAUGUCCGAACCUGGAAUCCCUCAUUAUACAUGAUAAUCUGCUGGGGAAUGUUUUAUAUAACGAUACGAAUGGAAAGAUUUUCAGACAUCUCACACAUUUAAAAGUGUUGGAUUUAUCUUGGAAUCGUAUACAGGCUGUUCCGAACCUUUUGCUAAAGAAUCAAAACGAACUCCAAAUACUUAACAUUAGUAACAAUGAACUUCACACAUUCGACUUGGAGCUCAAACACAUGACAAAUUUGCAACACUUAAACAUCUCUCACAAUCAACUAUAUAAACUAAGCAAGUAUGAUCGCGUUCAGAUAGAUAGCCUUAAGCGGUCAAAUCUGACAGUGAACUUGUAUGGAAAUCAACUUCAGUGUUCGUGUGAAACUCUUGAUUUUUUAAAGUGGCUAGACGACAAUAAGGCAAUGUUCAACAACUUCCGGAACUACGAUUGUCGAUUCCCAAAUGACUCAAGUACGACAUUUUGGAAUUUCGAAAAUGUUUUGAUUGAGUUAAAAAAGAACUGUUAUGAUUACACCGGAUUGAUAGCAGGGAUAACGUCUGCUAUCGUUCUUGCCAUCUCAUUAACCGUCUCAGGAAUUGUGUACCGCUAUCGAUGGAAGUUAAGAUAUUUGUAUUACAUGGCAAAAACAAGAUACAAGGGAUACACAAGUUUGAAAACCAACAAUGACGAACGUGAUGCUUACCCAUAUGAUGCCUUCAUAUCGUACAGCGAACAGGACGGGAGGUUUAUCAGGGGUGACCUAUUAGAGAACAUGGAGGGACGAAGUGGUUUAAAACUCUGUCUACAUCAACGUGAUUUCAUUCCGGGACAAGACAUAGCAGAGAAUAUUACUAAAGCCAUACAUCAGAGCUGGAAAACAGUGGUGAUUGUAUCUAACAACUAUCUUAAGUCAUACUGGUGUAUGUACGAAUUCAACAUGGCUCGUAUGGAGAGUAUCUACUCAAGGGGAGGCAAGUCUGUUUUACUGUUGGUAUUCUAUGAAGAUAUAGCAGCGAAAAAUCUUCCGUUGACACUGAUGGAUCUGAUAGAAAGCAAAUGUUACAUUGAGUAUCCGCACGACGAGCAAGGUGACGUUGUCUUCUGGGAUAAGUUGGCUGAGACUGUUUCAAUGUAGGCAAUUGAUAUAUCACGUGUACUUGACUUUUCUUUGUAUUUUUUUCUGAAAUAAAUUUGCUGAGACUCCCACAUAACUGGACUGCAGCGCGU